AUGGCUUCCUUAACACUCCUCUUAUCUAUACUCACUACCCUCGUCUCCCUCGCGGCCGCCCUACCCGCUUCCUCAAAUGCCAACCCGGACCUCGAAGUCCGUCAGACUGAGCUUCCUCUGUGGACGGGCGUCUACAUCUGCUCCGACGCCGACUUCCUCGGCAACUGCGAGCACCGCAUUCGCCCGCUCGGCAGCAAUAACUGCAUCCAGCUGGACGGCGAGACGACGGCAUUUGGGCCGGAUCGGGGGAUCUCAUGCACGUUGUUCAAAAACGGCCUCUGUCGCGCCCUCGACGGAGGCUCGCUCAGGCUCCAGUUCCCGGGCACGCCGAACGUAGGCCCGGAGUGGAACGAUGCGGCGCUGAGCUACUACUGUGUUGAGCUGUAG